AUGGAUUUCUGGCCCGAGUUUAUGGCCACCAGCUGGGGAAGGGAGUUCGUCGCCGGUGGAUUCGGAGGCGUCGCCGGAAUUAUAUCAGGCUAUCCCUUGGACACGCUCAGAAUCCGGCAGCAGCAGAGCUCAAAAUCGGGAUCUGCCUUCACCAUUCUCCGGCGAAUGCUCGCCGUUGAGGGUCCCACGUCGCUCUACCGAGGCAUGGCCGCACCCUUGGCCUCCGUCACUUUUCAGAAUGCUAUGGUGUUCCAGAUAUAUGCCAUACUCUCUCGCUCUUUCGAUUCCUCUGUUCCUCUGGAAGAGCCUCCUUCCUACAGAGGCGUUGCUCUCGGCGGGGUCGGCACCGGAGCUGUGCAGAGCCUCAUGCUCAGCCCCGUGGAGCUCAUCAAGAUUCGUCUUCAGUUGCAGCAGAGCAAGAGCAAGACUGGUCCCAUCAGCUUGGCUAAGAGCAUCCUCAAGAGGGAAGGGCUAAAGGGGCUUUACAAAGGGCUCACCAUCACAGUGCUCAGAGAUGCUCCAGCUCACGGCCUCUACUUCUGGACCUACGAGUACGUGCGGGAACGGCUCCAUCCCGGCUGCAGAAAGAAUGGAGAGGAAAGCCUCAGGACCAUGCUGGUCGCAGGUGGCCUUGCUGGUGUGGCCAGCUGGGUUGCUUGCUAUCCUCUUGACGUCGUCAAGACGAGGCUGCAACAAGGAGGUGAUGGUGCUUACGACGGCAUUUCGGAUUGUUUUCGAAAGAGCAUCACACAGGAAGGCUAUGGGGUUCUCUGGCGUGGCCUCGGGACUGCAGUUGCCAGGGCCUUUCUUGUCAACGGUGCUAUCUUUGCUGCUUAUGAGGUCGCCUUGAGGUGUUUAUUCACUCAAUUGCCAUCCACUUCUCAAGAGACUGAGUAA